CUCCAAAAACCUAACUUUCCUUCGCUUCUGCAAGUACUGCUUCAUCGUCCAUGGCGAGCAGGAGGAGGUGUCUCCAAGCUUUAGCUUUAACGCGCCAAGCUGCAAACCUUGCCCUCAAUAACCCCUCAUCGAUCUCAUUUCCAAACCCACAUCUCAAUUCUAACCUCUCGCCAACUUUUCUUCCCAUUUUCACCCAAUCACUAUCUCGUUCUCUUCCGCAAUGGCACCAUCCGCGGUUUUUCUCUUCUUCUGGUAAAGAGGACGAUCGCGCGAGCAAGGACGAUAGUGGCGUGGAAGAAGAUGAGGAUGAAGACGAUUACGAUGAUGAUGAAGUUGAUUAUGAGAGCGAAAGUGGGGAAGAUGAGAGUGGUUUGAGGUCAGGUGGGAAAAGAGUGUACACGCCGGAGGAGAAGGAAGCGGAAGCGGCGAAUAUCGGGUACAAAGUGGUUGGGCCACUCACCAAGGGUGAUGAUGUUUUCAAGCCCUACGAACCUGUUUUCGCUGUUGUUCAGAUUGGUUCGCACCAGUUUAAAGUGAGCAUUGGGGACGCCAUUUUCACUGAAAGAUUGAAAUUUUGUGAAGUGAAUGAUAAGCUGACUCUGAACAAAGUUUUGUUGCUUGGAUCCCCUAGUCAGACAAUCAUUGGCAGACCCAUAGUGCCAGAUGCAGGUGUUCAUGCUGUUGUUGAGGAGCAUGCAUUAGAUGCAAAAGUUCUUAUCUUCAAGAAAAAGAGAAGAAAGAAUUACCGAAGAACCAAAGGGCAUCGCCAGGAGUUGACCAAGUUAAGGAUAACUGAUAUUCAAGGAAUCGAGAAACCUGAAAAUGUCCCAGCUUCAAAGCCUUCAAAGGCUGCUAAAAAGGAACAGGAAAAGGUUGCUGCUACUGCUUAAUAAGGAUGUGUCCCCUUGGCUGUUUACAAUAGUUGCUAUCUUAGGUUCGACAGUUGGAUGCCAUGUAAUGAGCAUGAUUUUGUUCUUGAGGCACCAUCUACAUCUGGAAAUUCAUUUUAGGUGGACAUUGUCGAUGACCCAAUGAGUUGGCAAGUUUUGUAGGGAUUUGUCACACAAUUCUUUUCCCCCCUUGUAAUUUUAUAUUUAGUGGUGCAAAAUUUGAUCACAAAAUCCAUUGAUUCUUAAACAGGCUAAGUUCUAAACAAAUUAUGUAUUCACUUCUUUACUUCGUUGUUAGUUAACAGCAUGACACUUGAUUGUACCAAUUUCUGACACGAAUAAAAUAGUCUCGGAACUUAAGCUUUCUCGUCCUGUUCUGACCUUCU